AUGGCCGACAAAAAGAUCACUCCGCGAGUCUUCAUCAUCCGCCACGGCGAAACCGAGUGGUCGCUCAAUGGCCGACACACAGGCACCUCCGACAUCCCCCUCACCGAAAACGGCGAGAAGAGAAUCCGCGCAACCGGCAACGCUCUAGUCGGCGACGACCGUCUGAUUGUCCCCAGGAACCUCGCUCACAUCUACGUAUCUCCCCGCACGCGCUCGCAACGCACCCUCGAGCUCCUAAACCUCGGCUGUAAAGACCCCAUGCCUUGGAAAUCCGACGCCGAACACGACGACAGCAACGUCAAGACCGAAGCAAAAGUCCAAGUCACCGAGAGCGUGCGAGAGUGGGAUUAUGGCGAUUACGAAGGCUUGACUAGCAAGUACAUUGGCGAACAGAGAGAAAAAGCCGGACAACACAAAUGGGACAUCUGGAAAGAUGGGUGUCCUGGUGGUGAGAGCCCUGAGCAAAUCACCAAGCGCUUAGAUGCCGUGAUUGCAGAGAUUAGGGAAAAGUAUCACAAGAAUUCCAUCGGCAAGCCCAAGGCUGAGGCGGAGCCGUAUGAUGUGUUGGUUGUGGCACAUGGGCAUAUCCUUAGGGCGUUUGCGGCAAGGUGGAUUAACAAGAACAUUGCGGAUAACCCUAGCAUGUUGCUUGACGCUGGUGGUGUCGGUACUUUGAGUUAUGAACAUCACAGUAUUGACGAGCCAGCAAUCCUACUGGGAGGUGGUUUCAUGGUAGAUGUGGUUGAGAACGCGGCAGAGGAUGGCAAGAAGAACUAG